CUCUAUAUUUCAUGUUUCCUGACAUACCCCCCAAAGAACUGCAAUUAUGCUAGCAAGGCUGUAGGAGCAUUGAACAAUUCUUUCCCAUUUCUUUUGAUUUUUGUUGCCUCUCCAUGCAUUCCUGUCCUGUUUAGAGCUGUGUUUUUUUUUUUUACUUUUAGUUUGUGGUGUGCAUGGUUCUGAGGAUAUUAGAAAAAACUUGCUGAAGGUUCUCUCUGAGGCAUGGCUAUUUUUGUUAGAAGCUGACACUUUAGACUGAGCUUUAAGUGUUGCCUCUGGAAGGCCUCUGGUUGUUCUGGGAGGCCAAGGCUCUGCAGAGGAAACAGACAUUUCAGGGAGCAUAAAAGAAGAAGGAGCACAAUUAGAAAAAGCAGAGGACCUCCCUCCUUCUCAUUCUGCAACUCCUGCGAGAGUCAGUAACCCAGAAGUUCUAUCUAAGCUGCCGCAGUAAAUCUUGACCUUUUAAACAGAGUAUCUUUUACCAUCAUCAUGGCCGAGAUAACAGCAGAAGGACACAUGUCAACAACCACGACAAUAAUAGAUGGUAAGAACGGAUCUGUUCCUUCGUCAUCCAUGAAAGUGGGCAAGAAAUCAGUGACUGAAGACAUCGUGACAACGUUCAGCUCACCAGCAGCAUGGCUUCUUGUUGUUGCUCUGAUUGUUACCUGGUCAGCAGUAGCUAUUGUAAUGUUUGACUUGGUGGAUUACAAAGACUUAGCAGGUAUAGCCACCUAUUCACAACAUUGCGAUGAUCCCUGUUUCCCACCUGGAAGAUCUGUUCACAAGCUCAGCACAGAACCACUGAGAAUCAUUCAUGAGACACUGGAAGAAUCUUCUGAUUGGAUUUAUGGCUUUUUUUCUUUACUGUCUGACAUCGUAUGGAGUGAUGAUGAUGACAGUGAUGAAGGUGAAGUGGAACCUUCCCUGAAAAAAGAAAUUCAAAACCAGAAGACAGAGAAACCUGAAAAACGAACACCAACGAAGGCAGCCCACAGAGACAAACCUGAAAAACAAGAAAAAAUUGAGAGGAAGGAGUCCCCAAAGGUGACAAGUAAAGACAAACUGGAAAGACAAGAAAAACCUGAAAAAAAGGAAAGGAAUGCAGCUGUUCACAAAGAGAAACCUGAAAAGCCAGAAAAACAAGAAAAGAAAGCACUGUCUAAAGUAACUCAAAAAGAUGCACCUGAAAGACAUGAAAAAGCUGAAAAGAAACCUCCUCCUAAAGAGGAGAAGAAAGUAAAGAGCACUAAAGUGGAAGCAAAAGUUAAAAAGGAAGUGAAGGAUGGAAAAGGAGAAGCAAAGACGGCAGAGAAGGUGAAGCAGGCAGAGACAAAAACAACAGAAACUGGGCUAAUAAAGGCCAAAACGAAAGUUAAGGAGGAGAAAGCUCUUCAGACUGUUACUAAAUCGGACAAGAAAGAUCAAUAUGCAUUCUGUCGCUAUGUGAUUGACAUGUUUGCGCAAGGGGAUUUUUAUCCAGGUGCAGGACAUAAGGAAUUCAUACCACCUCGUCUUCUUCUAGAACACAGUCCAAGAAAGAAACCAGCAGCCAUUGAAGAAGAAAAGUCUACUGUGGAACCUAGAGAAGUGAAAAAGAAAAAAGAGGAGAAGAAAAAGAGUGAUGAAAAGAAGACUACAACUGAAACUAAGAUGAAAGGUACAGUUUGGGAACAUUUCUUACUGGCCUCAUUCAGCUUUUACUCACAUUUCUGGCUCAUUUCCUAUUGCUUUCUGUAAGGUUAAUCCUAUGCUUCUGUGUGUAUUGUCCUUCUCUGAGUUGCUCAGUCACUUUUUGCAUUUGCAUGUUUCCCCUUCUUCAGUAUCUAAUGUCUAAUGUGUUCAGCACCCAAUAUUUCCUAAACCCAUUAUAGACAAAUUAAAUGUCCUGUUUGGUGGCCAUCUCUGGCCAUCUUGGUGGGCUUUGUAAACAGUUUAAUGCUGUUACACUGCACUACACAAAACUCAUGGAAGAUAUCACUCAAUUCAUGGCACAUCAAUUUCUGAAGGUGGGGUAGAUCUAUUUAUUUUAUAGAAUCACAACUGGAACUUACAGUGACCAAACUGCAAAGUCAUGGUAUCCAUCUAAAUAAUAUUUUGAUCAUGCAUUGUCAGAAAGAAUCUAAAAUUCACUAAGAUGUUGCUUCAUUCAAAAUAUUUAAGUCAUUUAUUAUUUUUUAAUGAUCUCAUUGCUACUGAAACUUAAGCUAAAAGGUGCCACAUUCACGCACUGAUGAUUUUUGCCUAACUUUUGAUGAAUUAUUAAGGGUCAGAAUCAUCCACAGUUGAGGCAUACUGAUUAAUUUUCAUUUUCAGCUGAUUGCUCAUGGCAAGUUGGGUGCAAGUGCUAUAAGGGAAUAAUCUGAGCUCCCAAAUAAGUCACUUUUUUCAGUAUGAGCCCACCAGGACUUGGUUGACUGCAUAUUUGAGUGUAUGAUUCAAAGUUUUAGCACAUCAAAUUACUCUCUUUAAUUAAAUCUUAGAAAAAACAGGAAAAAAGGAGAAAGCUCAUGAGAAGACAGCUGUCCCUGAAAUUAAAAAAGCAG